CAACAAGAUUAAGUAGUCAUUUACAAGAACAGUUUUGUUUUGUGAACCACUAGCGUCUACCGUUGUGUGUGUUUUUUGUUUGGAUAUUAGAUAAAUUAUUUUAGUCUUAUUUAAAUAGGAAAAUAAUACAAAAAAUUGGAGCGUUUGAGUUUUUAAAUAAACUUAUAAUUCGAAAUGGCGGAAGAAGUAAACAGUAAGAGAGAGGUUCAGGUGCACGGAACUGGAAGAAUAGUGAAGAAUGUUCUGGUGAUAAGUCUGGCGUUUAUGACGCAAUUCACUGCGUACAGCGGUGCGGCGAAUCUACAGAGCUCGAUAAACGCUAGUGCUGGCCUCGGAACUGCCGCGCUGGCCGCCGUGUACGCGGGACUCAUCCUCUCAAACAUAUUCCUGCCCGUAUUUGUUAUCAAGUGGCUCGGUACGAAGUGGACAAUAUCCUUCUCCUUUCUCACAUAUAUGCCGUAUAUAGCGGCGCAGCUGUAUCCCCGAUUCUACACCAUGAUUCCGGCGGGACUGCUCGUGGGCCUAGGCGGCGGGCCUCUAUGGUGUGCCAAAUGCACUUAUUUAUACGUCAUGUCUGAAGCUCAUAGUGCGAUUUCGAAGAUAACAGCCGAAGCGUUGCUCGUACGCUUCUUAGGAAUAUUCUUUAUGAUAUUUCAUACGAGCCAAAUUUGGGGUAACCUCAUAUCGUCUCUAGUCUUAACGUCUGGUAAUAACACUGCGGCUGUGACAGCUGUGAACGAUUCAAUGAUACCGCAGUUGUGUGGAGCGAAUUUCUUGCCGAGUGCGGAUGCGGGCCAGGCGCUGGUGGCGCAGCCCCCCGAGAAAAUCCAAAUGAUCUCUGGAAUUUAUCUAGCUUGUAUGGCAGGAGCUGCUAUUAUAGUUGCCGUUGGAGUGGAUCCGAUGAAAAGGUUUGAUACGAGAGGCAGCAGCUCUGGUACGGGUCUGUCUGGGUUGGCAUUGUUGGCCGCAACUCUAAAGCUGCUAAUCGAACCGAAUCAAAUCUUAAUGAUUCCAAUAAACGUCUUCUUAGGAUUCCAACAAGCGUUUUUUGGGGCGGACUUUACUGCGGCCUUCGUGUCUUGUGUCCUCGGCACGGGAUCCGUUGGUUUUGUUAUGAUGACUUUUGGAUUGGCUGAUGCAAUAGGUUGUAUCGUAAAUGGAUAUAUAGCAAAGAGCACAAAGAAACCAGACAAUGGUGUCGCUAUUAACAAUAACGAAACUCUUUAA